UUAUACAUAGAGAUCAGUGGUACACGCCCCCCACGUGCGCUUGUGCCUGCUUGUGCGCAGUUUUAACCAUGCAGCUUGGGGACAAGUUCCGAAGCUUUGACGAGCUGGAGCAGCAUAUAAAAUGCUUUUCAAAGGAAACGUUUGCCCAGCUGUAUGUCCGCAGUUCCGUGUCCCUUCAAGCUGCCCGUGCGAAGGGAUUGAAAAGGUUCAUCAACGGGAACAUCUCUGUCUAUCAAGUUAGGUAUUGUUGCAUCCAUUGUGGCUGGAAACACAGGAAUCGGGGUAAAGGCAUUCGAGCAGCAAGCACAUACAUCAAAGAUUGCCCGUUCUAUAUUGACUGCCGUGUCUCCAGUGACGAGGAACACCUGGAGGUUGUGGCCAUGGGAGAGGAACACAACCACGACAUGUCAGAGGAGCUCUUUUUGCACCUGCCUCAAAAUCAGAAGUUGACCGAUGAAGUGCAGAGCGAUGUCAGAAGGCUGCUGGAGCUCGGGUCUAGCAAGAAACGAGUUGCGCGAGCCCUUCAGGAGGAGACGGGUCAAGUCAUACUGACAAAGGACUUGGCAAACAUAAUAACGGCUCACAAAGACCCGGAAAGACAUGACCUGAAGCGAACAGUGGAGUUCCUUCAAUCUACGUACAGUGUGUAUCCAUUUCAAAUGCAUUAAGUGAUACGUGUGCA